AUGGUCAACGAGCGGAUCACCACACAUCUCGAGGAAAAUGAUCGCUAUCCGCACACCAUGUUCGACUUCUGCCAGAUUCUCUCCACACAGGACGUCCUCUGCCAGCUAAAGGAAGAUAUUCUUGGACCAUUCGAGCAAACACAGCAAGACAUACAUUCUCUAGCUCUAGACGUAAAGGGCACCUUCAAUAACGUGAGUCAUGAAGCCAAACCUAUAGAAGAUAUAGGCUGUGGCGCCAAAACAUACGCCUGCAUGCGCGUUUUCCUCUCCAACCGUACUGCCACGGUGGGGAUUACCAUCCUCCGGAGCAAGACAUUUCACCUACCUAACAGUGGUACGCCUCAAUGUUCGGUAGUCUCGCCACUCCUCUUCAACGUGGCCCUCCUCAAACUUCCCCGCCUCCUAGACACCGUCCCAGGGAUAUGCCACGAUCUAUAUGCAGAUGAUAUCACACUGUGGACGAGAGGCGCGAGCACAGGCGAACAGGAGGACCAUCUUCAGGAGGCGUUCAACAUCAUCGAACGGUACCUCAACACCUGCGGCCUCCACUGUGCCCCGGAUAAAUCCGAGCUCUGGGCACGCACCCCGGGCAGGCCCCCCAAGCCAUGA